CUGGUAACACUGCAUCAAAGAAUAUAGACGCUUAGAACAAAGAAUCGAACAAAGCGUCUAUAUUCUUUGUUUUCAUCAUAAGGAUUAGAUUAGAUUCAAUUAGAUUCCCUCCUACUUAUAUAUAUUUAAUCUAUGAUUCCCUCUUUUGUCUUUUUGCUGGAUGGGUGUUCCCCAGAUAUUUAAUAAUUAUGGAAGUUAAAAUUGAAGUUAAAGAGGAAUAUGACCAAAGAUACGUUGCCAGUCAGCUAUCCACAGAAGUAUAUCUACCAGACUUUAAGGAUGAAAUGGACAAAUAUUCACUUGAGACAGGAAAUAAAAAUUAUUCAGAGGAGGAGCACAUAAUGAAAACACCUUCGUCCCAUAAAGAAGAAGAAUCUAUAAGUCGAUACUCUGAAGAGAACACAUUAAAUAAAAAUAUGAAAAUUCCGAUUUCGCAAGGAUCUUCCCACUGUAAACAGUGUGAACGACAAAUAAAAGUUCACACUGGAAGUAAACCUCAUAAAUGUGAAAUUUGUCUUAAGCAGUUUAUUAAAAAAAAUAAUUUGAAUGAACAUAUGAAAAUUCAUACUGGAAAACGACCUUAUAAAUGUGAAAUUUGUCUUAAGCAGUUUACUCAAAAAAAUACUUUAAAUCAACAUAUAAAAGUUCACACUGGAGAAACACCUUAUAAAUGUGAAAUUUGUUUUAAGCACUUUUCUUACAAAUAUAGUUUGAAUGUACACAUGAAAGUUCACACUGGAGAAAGACCUUAUAAAUGUGAAAUUUGUCGUAAACAGUUUACUCAAAAAAGUAAUUUAAAUGAACAUAUAAAAGUUCACACUGGAGAAACACCUUAUAAAUGUGAAAUUUGUCUUAAGCAGUUUACUCAAAAAAAUAGUUUAAAUGAACAUAUGAAAACUCACACUGGAGAAAAACCUUAUAAAUGUGAAAUUUGUUUUAAGCACUUUUCUUACAAAUAUAGUUUGAAUCUACACAUGAACGUUCACACUGGAGAAAGACCUUAUAAAUGUGAAAUUUGUCUUAAACAGUUUACUCAAAAAAGUAAUUUAAAUGAACAUAUAAAAGUUCACACUGGAGAAACACCUUAUAAAUGUGAAAUUUGUCUUAAGCAGUUUACUCAAAAAAAUAGUUUAAAUGAACAUAUGAAAGCUCAUACUGGAGAAAAACCUUAUAAAUGUGAAAUUUGUUUUAAGCACUUUUCCUACAAAUGCAGUUUGAAUGCACACAUGAAAGUUCACACUGGAGAAAGACCUUAUAAAUGUGAAAUUUGUCUUAAGCAGUUUACCCAUAAAAAAAUUUUAAAUCAACAUAUGAAUGUUCAUACUGGAGAAAGACCUUAUAAAUGUGAAAUUUGUCUUAAGAAGUUUGUACGACAAAGUAUUUUAAAUAAACAUGUUCUAGUUCACACUUGAGAAAGACCUUAUAAAUGUGAAAUUUGUUAAGCAGUUUACAGUACACGGUAAUUUUAUGAACAUGUUCUAGUUCAGGCCAGAAAAACCUUAUAAAUACGAAAUUUGUCUUAAGCGUGUUACACUACAAAGUAAUUUAAAUAAACAUAUUGUAGUUCACAUUAGAGACAAACUUUAUAAAUGUGAAUUCGUGUUAAACAGUCCAUUCAACCACAUACUUUAAAUGAACAUAUGUAUGAAACUUCACACAGGAGAAAGACCUUAUAAAUGUGAAAUUUAUCUUAAGCAAUUUGCACUACCAACUAUUUUAAACAAACAUGUUUUAGUUCACAGUUUGAGCAGUUUUUCUACAAAUCUGUUUUAAAUGAAUAUAAUGAAAGUUCACACUAUUCGAUCUGGAAAUCUUACAGAGUGACAAAUUUUUAAAGUAUAGACAGUUCCGGUGUCGAACGGAAGGACGUAAGGAAGACCAGAGGCAUCGAGGUUUUUAAAUAAAUAUUUACAUCAAUUUUAUUAAUAUUAAUAUUUAAUUUUGUAUGUACCUCAAAAAUAUUUUUAAAAUAGACUAAUAAAAUUUUAAACUUUAGUAUA